AUGGUGCAUGAUGAUGCAUUGAUUGGUCGAUUGUCUUUUGAUCCUGGCAGCAAAGUUGUGCAGCUGCCCUACAUAAACUAUCUUAGGCAGCUGGGUUCCACUUUUCUUAAUGACACCAACUCUCCAAUCUGCUGCCCCUCAAGAGCAGCAAUGUGGAGCGGCCAGUUUGUUCAUCUCACUCAGUCGUGGAACAACUUUAAGUGUUUAGGUGAAAAUGCAACCACAUGGAUGGAUUUGCUAGAGAAGAGUGGAUAUCUUACCAACAUGAUUGGCAAACUGGAUUAUAUCUCAGGGAGCCACUCGGUCAGCAACCGAAUUGAGGCGUGGACCCGAGAUGUUCAGUUCCUCCUGCGCCAAGAGGGCCGGCCGUUUCUGAACUUGUGGAACAUGUCGACUGUAAAAAUCAUGACGAAAGACUGGCAAAACACAGAUAAGGCUACACAGUGGAUCCGCCAGAUGGCUGCAUCCUCACACCAGCCUUUCGCUCUUUAUCUGGGCCUCAAUUUACCUCACCCAUAUAAAACUGAAUCCCUGGGCCCACUGCAGGAGGAUCCACCUUCGCGUACCUCACCGUACUGGCUUAAAAAAGGCAUGCUUUUCUGUCCUCAACUGUUGCAAAUUGAUAGUGUUUCUCGAUUCAAAUCCCUGUGA